AAUUUCAUAAAUUUUAAGCAUAGUUUCGGCAAACAAUGCUCAUCCAUCAUUCGCCUUUCAACCGUACAAACGUUUAAAACACACAUCACACCACAGUAAAAUUGAGAAAAAAGACAACCAACUGAAAGAUACGACGCGUUUAUAUUUUAAAAUAUAUACGGGAAAAAUAUAAAUGGAAUUAUUGGUGUUUUAGAAAAUUAAAAAAAAAAAAAAAAACAAAAUAAUAAAUGAAAAAUUAAUCAAACAAAAUAAGACAUCAGAACAAGUGUUUGAGAAAUUGAGAAAAACAAGUGCUUAGUUUAAAAAUAAAAGUAAAGAGAAGAAUAGUGCAAAAUUGUUUAAGAACGCUAAGAAGUUUUGGAAUUUCCGUUCAAAACUUUGGCGCCCAAAAUUGGAUAUUAAAUCCCCCGGAGCUGUGCCAAUUAUGGUCUACUUUAGUCCUCGUGGCAUGCAACCCUGCAGUCCAUCAGGCGUUUUAGCGGUAACAAUGCCUCCAUCGAAAAGUCCCACAAUGGAAUGUGCUGCUGCUGGUGGUCAGAAGACGCCAGAACCCCAAAUGCAAAUGGCAGCCACUUCGAGCAACAACAACACUUCAGCUGCAGCAACAACAACAACAACAGCAUUUUCAUCGCCACUGAGUACCCGCAAUUGUCCUUUGAAAUUUUCCAUUGCGAAAAUUAUGGAACCCGAUCAACGUACUCAUCAAAAUGUCAGCAACGCAGCCACUCCCCUGGUGGAUGAUGAACGUUCCUGCAGUCCCAUUGAGGUGACCAGCGAUGAUUGUGAAUCAUCUACCCAUGCCAAUAACGCAGAGGAGAAUUAUGAUUCAGCUUUCAAGAAAUAUGUACCAGCAUCGUCCAAUGUCAACUUGUCGUCGUCGGUUGCAUCAGCCUCAGCGGCCAUUGUCAAUAAUGUCUCCUCCACAUCGGCGGCAGCUGUCCAACAAUUUGUCUCCAGCCGUCACCAGGAAUUGCUUAGCCAAUAUCCUUUGCUAUAUUAUGCCGCUCCCAACCAGUUGAUGUGUGCCGCAGCUGCAGCCCAAUAUGCAGCACUCACAGCCGCCCAACAACAAUCCCUUUUGGCAGGCAGUCCUGCAGCCACCGCGGCCCAUUUAAGCUCCUUUACAGCCUCACUGAAUUCCCUCCACACCCAAACGCUACGUCGUCAAUUAGCCGCUCCUGGUACCAGCCACCACCUGGCAGCAGCUGCUGCAGCCGCCGCUGCUGCUCAAGCGGUACAUCAUCAAGCUUUAGCUUCGGCACAUCCACAACUGCAACAAACACUCGAGAAGUCUCCAGUUGCACACAAAUCUCGAGAAUCCUCUCUAACGCCUUCCUCCUCCUCCUAUCACCACUCACUCAAGCGCAAACAUUCACCCGCCUCUAGUCACAACAACACCUCGUCAUCCAUCAGUGAUCCCUGUAGCCCACCCGAAGCCCAAAGAGCACGGGCCGAUUCUCCCAGCUCCAUUGAUGAUAGCCCCAACUCGGCCAAUGGUGGCAAACAGAAAACGUUCUCCUGUCUGGAAUGUGGCAAAGUAUUCAAUGCCCACUACAAUCUAACGCGGCACAUGCCGGUCCACACCGGAGCCCGUCCCUUUGUGUGCAAGGUCUGCGGCAAAGGAUUUCGCCAAGCCUCUACUCUCUGUCGCCAUAAAAUCAUUCACACCUCAGAGAAGCCUCACAAGUGUCAGACGUGUGGUAAGGCCUUCAAUCGAUCCUCCACCCUGAACACCCACACCCGCAUCCAUGCCGGCUACAAACCAUUUGUGUGUGAGUUCUGUGGCAAGGGAUUCCAUCAAAAGGGCAACUACAAGAAUCACAAGCUUACGCACAGCGGCGAGAAGGCCUACAAGUGCAACAUUUGCAACAAGGCCUUCCAUCAGAUCUACAAUCUCACCUUCCACAUGCACACCCACAACGACAAGAAACCCUAUACGUGUCGGGUUUGCCACAAGGGGUUCUGUCGCAACUUCGACCUCAAGAAACACAUGCGCAAGUUGCAUGACAUCGGUAGCGGUCCACUCGAUAUCGAUGAGAACACCAACGAACGUUUGGAAAGAAGACGUGAGUAUACCCGGCGUGAUCAAAGUCUGGAAUAUCAUGGAGGUCAUAUGAACUCCAACUCCUCGGAUGGUUCGAUGUCGCCGCCCAUAAAUGUUACUACACCUCCAUUGUCAAGCAAUGAAGGCAGUAGUUCAGCCUGGCCCACAUCUACGCAAUACUCCAGCGGUAAUCCCCACAACUACUCAGCGACCGCGCUGACACCACCCUCCGUAUCAAAUUUCCGGACAGCCACCGAGUAUGGUGGUAGUUCAGCCUUUAUCAACUUUGCCCAGUCAUCGGCCACGGCGGCAGCUUCGUCCAGCGCCCAUCUCAACCCCAAUCAUCCACAACACAUGGCAACGGCCAAUCAUCAGCGGCUAUCGGCGGCAGCGGCUGCUGUUACGGCAAUUGACAACGUACCCUUCAUUGCCAAAGUAUUUUGACACAGAUACUAUGCCGAUACCUUGGUUCAUCAUCACAGCCACCACCAGCACCAUCAUAACCCACAUCAGAGUGCCUCAUACCAGGGCACGAGUAUCGCCAAUGCCUCCACUUCUGCCGCCACCUCCUCCUCUGCUGCCUAUGCAACAUCACAAGCCUCGACAAAGAGUAUUCUGAUCGAUUGACUGCAAUUUGUUGCCGCCGCUGCAGUGGCGUCGUCCAUGCCACAGCAUGUUAUGACCGUGGAAACGCACACCGAAUAUCGCCAUCAAUCAUCGGCCAUGAGCCAGUGUGACGACAUGCUCCUCACCGAUGAGAAUGAGAACGAGGAUCCGGGUGCAAUGCUACAGCAUGAAAAAUCCCUAAUGUCCAGCACCACGACACUGGGAACAGCUGUGCAGGCCCUAAACGGCCUCUUUUGAGAGCUUACAUCAAUGGCUUCAACAGCUUGAGCUUAAAAGCUUAAGAGUCAUAUUUGGGAAGCAAGGAUGUUUUGCUAAAUAGAGUAACUGAAAUUAAAACAAAAUAUAACUAAAGGUUUCACUGUGACCUCUCCUUAGAUUGUAUCUAGAAUUCUGCUCUGCUACUGCUCCACAUUUUAACUAAAGUUGAUCUUUAGCACUGUAACGAGAAAAACAUUAAAGCCUAAGCCACCCCCAACUAGUAUCCAAAUAACAUUGAGUGUGAUUUUUGUAAUUCUAAGUAAUUUGUAUCCUAAAUUGUAAAAAACAGACACCUUUAUAAAAAUUUAAAAUUAAGUAAUUUAAAGAAAAAUAUAAUUAAAAAGUAAUUUAAGUAUGUAUAUAAUAAACAAAUUCACAUAUUUGAAAAAAAAAAUCAAAACAAAUGCCACAUAUUUCUUUUUCACAUCAAGUAAAUGAGAAUUAUUACUACAUAUGUGUAUAUCUAAAUGUGUUCCCCACCCACAUAUAUUUGCUAGUUAGUCAUUUGUAAAUGUUGUACCACAUCGACACCCACACUCACACACACGGCCAUUUGCUGUCGAGUCACAAAUAGAAACAACAAAUAUUGGAAUCAACUUCUUUUUUAAGUCAGGAUAAAUAGAAGGAAUUUUAAUUCACUAAAAACCAUAAAGAAAUAUUUAUAUUUUAUAGAAUUGUAAGGGAAAAAACGUUUUAUUUAAUGAAAAAAAUAAUUAAAAUGACAACAAAAAUUAAAAACAACACGUUUUAAAUUUAACUCAA